AUUUUCUCUCACAUUCUAACUUGCAUCUUCCCACAUCCCUCUUAGUCAAGAUUUUUUCUCACUGGAAAAGAAGAAAAGCCAAUGGCGGAAGAGAAAGAAUCAACGUCGAUUCCACUGAGCCAAGCCGAAAAUGGUGGUGUCGAUCCCGAAGAUCCGGCUAAGUCUCCACCUAGCUCCCCCAAUUCCUCCAGUCGCAAGGCUUGUUGUUUUGUCCUCCAGAGUUGGGUGUCAAAGAAGUUCAUGACUGGAUGUGUGGUCCUUUUUCCUGUGGCAGUUACAUUUUUCAUUACUUGGUGGUUUAUUCAGUUUGUUGACGGUUUCUUCAGUCCAUUAUAUGAACAACUUGGCAUUGACAUAUUUGGACUGGGAUUUAUCACAUCUUUGCUCUUUGUCUUCUUUGUUGGUGUUUUUGUUUCAUCAUGGUUGGGAGCUGCUGUUUUCUCAGUGGGAGAAUGGGUUAUAAAGCGAAUGCCCUUUGUUAGGCAUAUAUACUCAGCCUCGAAACAAAUUAGUGCUGCUAUAUCUCCAGAUCAAAAUACAACAGCAUUUAAGGAGGUGGCUAUCAUUCGUCAUCCACGUGUUGGUGAAUAUGCAUUUGGCUUUAUUACAUCCACUGUCAUCCUUCAGAGAGAAAAUGAGGACGAAGAGCUAUGCAGUGUUUUUGUCCCAACAAACCAUCUUUACAUUGGUGAUAUAUUCCUGGUGAACUCCAAAGAGAUCAUAAGGCCCAAUCUGUCGAUCCGAGAAGGCAUAGAGAUCAUCGUUUCCGGAGGUAUGACAAUGCCACAAGUAAUUUCUCCUCAAGAAAGGGUUGAUCGGCAGAAAGAAAGAUUCCCAUUGAACAGAAUGACGUAAUACAUAUACAGAAGAGGAAUAUCAGGUAGCUCUAUAAUUGUUUUCAUUCACUUAAGUUCCAGCGUGAAAAUAUUCUUUGUUGACAGCAAUUAUCAUCGUCAGCACUUACAUAAUUACAUAAAUAGUAGCUUUGAUUAUCACCGCUGUUAUUGUAUUUCUUUACUGCAUCAAUAAUUUUAUCAAAAGACAACACUCUGACGGAGAACGUAUGUCUUAAAUAUCGGUUCUAUCUCUCAAAUCUUUGUGUUAAGCUCAUCUAAGAGAGCUGAUGUAUCAACAGUGUAUUUCUCCUUCUAACUAUAAUCAUAUAUUCACCAUAUGUACAAGAGAUUUUACCAUUGAUAUUUCAAUUUUAAAUAUAUUUUUCGUUCUAUACUUAAAGCCACCUUCUCAACUAUCUUUACAUGAUUAAAAAAAAAAACCCUUUAUAAAAUUAAAUAAAUUGUGCAAUAAAAAUCA